CCUAUUUUGUCGAUAGAGAAUGGGGAUAAGGCAAUUUUUUUCUUUACUUUUAUACAUAAUUGAGUUUCACCCAUUAAUUAGGAGUCAAUGCUUUAGGCGAAAAGGAUCAGUAAACUAAUGAAAUCUUUCUUAGCUCUAGUGGAGAAACAACUUCCGGACACAACACACUGAACCAUCACUUUUAAUCGUUGGUGGACCGGCAGAAUUCUCUUUCCCAGUGCUCAUCCUCAGUUCCUCUCAGGCUUUGAUCAGUUUUUAGGUAGUAAUCAUUUUAUCCAUUGGAACACCACUAACACUAUUUCUACAGAAAAUUGAGUGAAGCUUGGACAGGGAUAUGGUAGAGAAAUAGCUUUGAUCUCUACUAUUAUGCAGAAAUUAUAUGUCACUUUAGAAAGAGAGUGGGUUCUAGUUCCCUAUAGAGAUGAAAUUGUAUGUUCUUCUAAGAAAAGAGAAUGGGUCGCCGUUCCUCUGUAAAAAGGUGAAGAUGGACAGUGCACAUUGAAAAUAUUACCUGCACAUGUGAUUAUACGGUAGCAGAGAACAAAAUCUGGACCCUUGCAGAGGGAUCAAAAUGCGAAACCUUUUGCAAUUACUCGGUCUCAAUUUGUUCUUUCACUGAGCACGCAUCAGUCUGCAGCCGAUUUUUCGGUGCUGUUGAUGUCAACUAACAAGAACAAGUACAAGAACAGAGCUUGACAUGGGAAACAUUUAUACUCGCACCUUUUCUUUGUAGUAUAAUAGUCAAUCUUAUGCAGUAGAAACAAAAAUCAAUCUAUAUCUAUAUAUCUAUCUAUAUCUAUAUAUAUCUAUAUAAAGGAGGAUUUCAAGAGGAUGAUGUGUCAUCUUUCAUAUCUCUCCAUCUUAUUUUUCUGAUUUUCAGGCUCUUCUUGGUGAUUUAAAAUUAAAAUUAAAAUAUUUUUAAAUUAAUUAUUGUUCCUUUAUUUUUCUAGCUUAUUAAUUGUUACAGUUAUCCGUCAAAAAAAAUAAAAUUUUGGUACAGUUAAAAGACCUUUUGCUUUCCAUUUCAAAGCUUCCAGUUCUGAUCGAUCCUCAGAUUCCCAGUUUCACACAGUAUUCUGAGUUUCACACAGUCUCUUCGCCAUCUGCGGUGAUCCAAGCUCUUGGAAUUUGAAAAUUUUCGUGAUCGAGUAAAAUUAUGAAAAUUGGCUCCUCAACGUUGAUCACAGCGCCACAUGCGUGAUCAGAUGCAGCAGAGUAAUACUGCGGCAACUGCUAUGUAUGAUUAGCCUAGGACUACUGGUGGAUCGCUGCGCAGUGCGGGUUCUGCUACUGAUGCUGGUGAUGCAGUCAUGGCACGGUGGCUUCAUUAUGCCUGGUUGCAGCAUCUGGCCUCACCCUUGGCUACUUCCGCUGCAAAUGAUCAUCGCAAUAUGCUCAUGCAGAUACAUCUGAAUUCUGAAUUGAAUUGUUAUCCGAAAAAUUGAAUUUACCUUUUACGCUUUUUGUUCAGUGCUAAUCAUUUCAACAUAUGUGCAAUGUUUAUGUUUUUGUUUCCUGAUCAAACAUGAUAUAGGAAUUGGAAUUUUUAAUAUAUGUAUAUCAUAUGCAUUUUACAUUUUAUUGGUUUAGUAUAAGAUUUUGUUUGGCAAUAACAGUCGUUAAUGUUAUUCUUUGUCAGUUUGAUUGUUCGAAUUGUUAAUUUUUGUUGCACCAAGGGUUAUGGAGCACAAUCUGCUGAGGAGAAGCAGAGGCUUUUCAAACUAAUGAGACACCUCAAUCUUAAUGGAGAGUACGGUUCAGAACCAUAUACUCCGACUGCACAAAAUUCUGUUGCUUUGUUCCUGUCGUGGGAUCCUUGCAAGAGGCCAACUGCCUUGGAAGUUCUUCAGCAUCCUUUCUUCCAGAGUUGCUAUUAUGUUCCUCCGAUCCUCCAAUAGCUGCAGUUGCAAGGACUCCUCCUGGAUACAACCAAGUAUGACAAGACUCUGAGAAAUCCUGCUGUGAAGAAUUUUAUAUAACUAUUCCAUCUCCCGUGAUUUUUUUGAUGCUGACUUGUUAGUUACUACAUGUUUGGUCAGUAUCUUCCGUAAUUAUUUAUCUGUUGUACUUUUUUUUGGUGUUGCAUACUUGCGAAAUUGUUGUAAUAUUUGAGUUGUGUAUAUUUUCUUUCAUCUAGCCAUACUUUAUGCGGUC